AUGAAGAAGGUUGAAGAUGGUAACACUUUAGUUUUCCAAGUUUCUAUGAAAUCUAACAAGUAUCAAAUUAAGAAGGCUGUUAAGGAAUUAUAUGAAGUUGAUGUUCUAUCUGUUAACACUUUAGUUAGACCAAAUGGUACUAAGAAGGCUUACGUUAGAUUAACUGCUGACUACGAUGCUUUGGACAUUGCUAACAGAAUCGGUUACAUUUAA